UGAAUGUCCAACUGUCAAGUGCGAAAAGUAGUUCAUAUCUUGGGAAAAUACACGCACCAUUGAAAUUCCCAAAUCAAAUUUCAAACUUUAAGUUACUUGGUUUCCUCAUCUUUACAUGGAAUUAAAUUUAUUUAUACCAGCGUUUUUCUCGGCAUACAGUUGAAGAAUAGAUUACGGUGCCUGCGUUAUUUCCGGUAAGAGAAUAUUCCCUCACUUAUGAAGUUGUCGAAGACCCCAAAUAAUCAAAGGAUUAAUAGAAAACAACCGAUAGAUUGGAUUUCCUUCGUCACUGAUGAUCAUGCUAAGUUAGCGAUUCCAGUUGGACCUCGUUUCCAGGUAGACAUUACACCUUGGAAUCCCUUGUCUUCCAAGAUUCGCCUAACAAUUGGUGACACGGAGUCUGACGUUGAAACUAAGUGGUUAGGCACUCCAAUGUGGCCACUGAAAGGAAGAAGCCAAAUUACGCUGCAAAAUAUGGUCGGAAGAGGGGGACCGCAAAAUUGUAUGUGUGUGUUCCCAGGGUCAAUAGAGUGCGUUAGACAACAUGUGUCAGCCAAAAGGAUCCAAUUAAAGGCCGAACUUGGUCCCGCCUUUUGGAAAUGGAGGUUUGAUGUUAUGGGAGAUGAUGUCUCCAAGGUAUGGAAUAAGGAGGAACAAAGGAAAUUUGAUGAUGUUAUCAAAAUGAACAUUACAUCUAGGGACACAAGCUUCGUGAAGCUCGCCUCACAAUGUUUUCCGCGCCAUAGCAAAGGAAGCAUCAUUAGUUACUAUUUGAAUGUGUACAUCCCAAGGCAAAUAAGUGCUCAAACAAGGUCGGGUUGCAAUUAUGUUGACACGGAUGAUGAUGAUGAUGACGACGACGCGUUGAUGACAAUUAAGAGGUUACGUGCGGACAUCACUUUUAGCACCCGUAAGCGCUUGACAUCAUAUCAGUGAGUUAAUUUACUUCUAGUUUACAUGCACAUAGGAUAGUCGGAGCUUGUCGUGCACUCUUUCUCCUUAUUACUUUGUAACUAGUAAUUUUUUUAUUGUAACUAUAAAUUUUAUUCAUAACAAUUGUUACUAUUAUACA